UAUACUAUUCCUGGUGUCUCACCUGUAAAACCUGUAUAACUGCUGCAACUGAAAGUAAAAUCCAGAGUUGGAUUGUAAAGAGCACAGAGCAAUAUCACCCACUGGGGCCCUAAUGCACCGACACCAGAUGGGGGCCCAAGGGGCAGAGAGAAAACUGGGAAUCGGCCUGAAUCCCCCCGUCCUGUUCUGCUUUAUACUGGUCUCUGUCUCACUGCCGGGAACUGGUUCUUUAAGGAUAGAAAUGGGGGCGGAGCCUGUGAAAUCCCUGAGGAAUGAAGAAGCGUUUAUCCCGUGCUCUGUAACCGACUGGGGCCCCGGAGAAGUGAAUCCCAAAAACCUGGCAGUUGAAUGGACCCAGAAAACCUUGGAUGGAAGGGAAGAGCCAGUGUAUCUGUAUCUGUCUGGGACUCACACCCCCACCCGGCCCGGAUCCUACAUAUCAGACCGGGACCUUAUAACCGGCAAUGUGGGGCUUCACUUACCCCGGGUUCAGUUCACAGAUGAAGGAGAAUAUACCUGCACUGUCUUUUAUACCCCUAAUAAAGCCGUGGGGCAGUCUGUCCUGCAGGUAUCAGCUCCCCCAGCCCCCAGGCUGACACCGACUGAUAUCACAAUGGAGCCCGGAACAGAGGCGACAGUUACGUGUGAGGCCGAUGAGUUUUAUCCCAAAGACAUAACUUUCCAGUGGAUCAAAUAUCCCCGAGGUUCUGGGAAUGUUCUGUUACAAAAAGGAGUCUCCUACACUCUCCCAAUAGAUAAUAAAGAUGGAACCUUCAAUCAAAGAAGUUUUCUGCGGAUAAAUCCGACACUAGAAGAUAAUGGGAACGUCUAUUCCUGUAAUGUGUCCCACAGAUCCAUGGGAACUGAUCUGCAGCUCAAUCUCACUCUCUCCGUCAAAUGGAAGACAGAGCCAGUUACCCUAACAUUCCAAAUUAUUAUCGCUGUGGGUCUAAUGUUCUGUCUAGCCCCACUUCCACUUCUCAGCAUUCAUUUCUGCAUGAAGUUCUGGCGGAAAGAACCCCCCAAACUCUCUCCCAUUACCGGAGCGGAACAUUUGGUGCAUAUGAAGAGGGCGACUCUCUCCUGCCAGAUCUCUGGUUUCCAACCCAAACCCAUAACAAUUACAUUGUGGUUGAAAAGAAAUGGGGGAGAAGUGAUGGAAAUUUACUCCUGGGAUUCUGAGGCCCAAACUGGUUCCGCUGCCCCAGUGGCGCAUCACAGAGAUGAGCAGCGUGUGGUUAUUGCGCCAGAGAGAGAGGGGUUAAUGGGAAAUGGGAAUGUGCAGAAUCUGCCCCCGGCACAGAGGGCGCUGCGAGUGGAAAUGAUUCCUGUAAUAACAACAAGUAAAUCUCGUAUUUCCAACUGUCAGUGCACAAUCCGUAUAACCCCCGACAUAGAGGAAGAUGAUGGGGCAGAACUGACUGUGAGGGUCACUCACUCUGCCCUGAGGGGCCCCAUCUCUGUGUCCUGUCGGCUGGAGGUCAGGGGAGAACCUGCUGAAUCUUCAGAAGGAAAAAAAUAGAAGUGAGAGAUUGAGUGUGUGACCCCCCCCAGCCCCAGGGAGGGAGAGGCCGUUACCCUUCAGUGCAUCAUUAAAGGGCAAGAAGUGCAACAUGGCGACUUCUCCUGGAGUGACGGGAUGUUCCCCAUCAUCUAUCUAUCUCCCAGCACCCAACCCUAACCCACCCACUCCCAAGCCAACCUGGGGUUCUAUGUCUAUUUAUAGCCCCGUGGGGCUGGGGGGGCAGGCACAGGACUAUACAUAGAUGCUGGGGGAGGCAGAAGUGGGGCCCCAUUAGGCUGCAGGCUGGGAGGGCAGCAGAGACGGUUCAGCCCAAACCCAUCCGGAACCUGCUUCUGUUGUGUAUCUCCUCCACUCCUUUUAUCCACUAACUGAAAUCCCAUUCCUAUGAAAUAACUGGGGGCCCCCGACUGCUAGGACUUUCCUUACUGAUGUGAUUCCCUGCACCUCGAAGGAACAUUAAAAAACUUCUUUAACAAGAGACAAAGGACUAGAUUCUAUAUAACAGGAAUCUUCUCUCCUGAUUCUGUUCCAGAUUCCCUCAUAGAUCCACUGGAGUUUGUAUGAGAGGAACCAUGGGAUAUGUGUCCCCCCGAAUCCCCCCUAUCUCCUGCAGUCUCCAAAGCUGCCGACCCCCCUGUACUUUCUGGCAGUUGGUACGUUAUAUAAUGAGUGUUGGGCAGGGCAUGGGCACAACCCACCAGGGAGCUGAACUAGGGGUGGGCAGAAGGGGCAAUAAAGGGGGUGGAAAUAAGCGCAUACCUCUUCCGUGUGCCUUCCCCUAGUCUGGGCCCCCUAGUCCUGUGCAUGAUCCCUGCCUCUCCUCCCCCACACUCCUCACCACAAGGGGGCAGUAUGCUGGUUACUGGGUUACAUAGGGUGCCCCCCAGUUUGGCCCAGCACUGAAAACAUUUCAUAAGAUUAUUUUUAACAUUUAGCUUAUCAUGUGCCACAUUCAUAUAUUGCUCUGCAUUAUAAACUUCCUGGAUCCCAGUCUGUAACAGGUUUGGAACUGGAUUCAGUGUUCAUAUAUUCAGUAUAAAAUCCUGCCGGGAUGUUACCCAUAUAACCUUCUGUUACCCAUAUAACCUUCUGUUACCCAUAUAACCCUGCCGGGAUGUUACCCAUAUAACCUGCUGUUACCCAUAUAACCCUGCCGGGAUGUUACCCAUAUAACCUGCUGUUACCCAUAUAACCCUGCCGGGAUGUUACCCAUAUAACCUGCUGUUACCCAUAUAACCUGCUGUUACCCAUUUAACCUGCUGUUACCCAUAUAACCCUGCCGGGAUGUUACCCAUAUAACCUGCUGUUACCCAUUUAACCUGCUGUUACCCAUAUAACCCUGCCGGGAUGUUACCCAUAUAACCUGCUGUUACCCAUUUAACCUGCUGUUACCCAUAUAACCUGCUGUUACCCAUAUAACCUGCUGUUACCCAUAUAACCUGCUGUUACCCAUAUAACCCUGCCGGGAUGUUACCCAUAUAACCUGCUGUUACCCAUAUAACCCUGCCGGGAUGUUACCCAUAUAACCUGCUGUUACCCAUAUAACCUGCUGUUACCCAUAUAACCUGCUGUUACCUAUAUAACCUGCUGUUACCCAUAUAACCUGCUGUUACCCAUAUAACCCUGCCGGGAUGUUACCCAUAUAACCUGCUGUUACCCAUAUAACCUGCUGUUACCCAUAUAACCUGCUGUAAGUGUUUCUGUUACAAUAUAAACUCCCUUUUGUACUUUACCCCAAAUGAGUGUUUGAUCUGAAGAAGCUGCUCGGAUGAGUAGUGAAACGUCUUCAAUGAUUACUAAACAAGUCCAGUUGCUUCAAAUUUAUUUAUACUAGAUAUACCAUGACCUGGAUGAAUGAAAAUUUUCAUAGACAUGUUGUUCUGAUGUUUUUCUAUUCAGUGUUUAACCAGUUUUCUAAGAACAAAUAAAUACAUAUUUACUGCUA